AUGGCGGUCAUUGACGUCUCGAGGCAGAGGAGGUCGCUCCUAAGCGAUGCGACUGUUUUGGAUCACCUGCCGGUCGAAAUCUUGGAAAUUAUUAAAGACCAAACCGCCGCCAAUGUACUCGAUGCUGUUUCAGAGGCCGCUCUCAUCCCACUACUUACAGAACGGAUUUUCUCCCAUUUCGAGACCCUUUCCUCAGAUAUCUGCGCAAGGUGGAUUCUCAGUUCAGGAGAUGAGAGACGGAAACUCAAUAUCAUUUCAGCUUUAGCCAGAAUUCUGCCUUUUGCUUCAUAUCUGUCGACAUUUCUGGAGCACUCAUCUCAGGCAUCCGAUGAGCCUGGAAAUCUGCCCCCCUUACACCUUGAUCUCCAAGACCCUGCGACGGUGCUUCAGCGAUAUGACCACGCAGUUUCACUUCAGUACUUGGUAGCUUUAUGGAGGCUAAUCAAUUAUGAUUCCAAGAUGUUCGGGCGCUGUAUUUCGCCCGAAUUCGCACAGACACUCUUCGCUCAUGAGUGUAAACCAAUCCGAUAUGUCGCAGUUCGGAUCUUUUGUAAUUUGCUUCAUUCAUCCGACUAUAAGCUGGACGCGCUUAUUGAACGUCAUGUUGGAAAGGAUGCUGCUCUCGUCGCAGACCUGGAUGGAGUUGCCGUUGACUACGGUUUUCUAACAUUGCACGAGCACUCACGAGUAACGCGGGUUAUUUCUAUCCGCGAGCAAUUGACCUCCAACGGUGAAUUGGACAUUGACAUAGAUGCCUUGCCUCAAACCCUCACACCCUACGUCGCGCUUUAUGGAGAUGUCUUACUUCCACGUCCUGUUGGCCCAACCGAUAAUACGUCGAGCCUGGUUCUGACGCCAACUACGACGGCCAAUCUCGAGCGGUUCUCUCGAAUGCUGCAAGGUGCAGACCCCAUUCUUAUCCACGGAUUACCUGGAUCUGGAAAGACAUCCAUCGUUCACGAGGUGGCUAAGCAGCUUGGCAUGUACUCCAAGAUGGUUACCCUGCAUCUGAAUGAGCAAACGGACGCCAAAAUGCUCAUUGGACUGUACUCGACGGAUUCGAAACCGGGCAGUUUCCAAUGGCGACCGGGUGUCUUGACAACCGCAGUAAGGGAGGGAAGAUGGGUUCUUGUUGAGGACCUCGAUCGAGCCCCGACGGAAGUUCUCAGUACUCUCUUACCAUUGAUCGAGAGGAGGGAGCUCCUCAUACCUAGCCGUGGAGAGAGAAUUCGCGCAGCGAGCUCCUUUCGCCUCUUUGCAACCCUGCGGACCACGCGCGGUAUGAAUGGACGAGAGAGCCUGCCGUCUAUCGUUGGCAUGCGAUUCUGGCAGUCGAUGCACACUCAACCUUUGGAAGAACCAGAAAUGGAGGAAGUCAUGUUGAAGACCUAUCCUACUCUACGAAAAUACGUGCCUGGAAUUUUAGCUGUCUAUGCCCGUUUGGCGAAACUUGGCCGUGAUCCAGCUCUCGCCGCUGCGGGUCGUGGGGCCUCGGAUCGGCAAAUCAACAUGAGAGACUUGUUGAAGUGGUGUCAACGAUUGAAGCAAUGCCUUUUGACGGCAGGGUCAGUUUCUGGGGAUGAGCCAAUUAGCGAAACAACCCGGGAUUGGAUGUUCAUGGAGGCCCUUGAUUGCUUUGUCGGCAACUGCGCGAACACCGAGACAAGCAAGAAGCUGGUUUAUGCUAUUGCGGAAGAAAUGCAUCUUCCUAUUGAGAAAGCCGAACAUUACAUGGCCGCUUACAUUCCUGCAAUCCAAGAGAAUGAUGUUCAGUGGAGCAUUGGACGUGUUCAUUUGCGAAAACAGAAGUCUGCGGGCCGAGUUCAGAAGUCCAGGAGGCCAUUUGCUAGCACCGCCCAUGCCAGGAAGCUACUUGAACAAAUUGCCGUCGCUGUGAAACUGAGCGAGCCAGUUCUCCUUGUGGGAGAAACUGGUAUCGGUAAGACGACAGUUGUUCAGCAGCUUGCUGAAUCUCUGGGCCACAAGUUGAUUGCAGUGAAUCUUUCGCAACAGAGCGAAGUUGGUGAUCUGCUAGGAGGUUUCAAGCCUGUGAAUGUGCGAACAUUGGCGGUCCCUCUCAAAGAAGAGUUCGAAGACUUGUUUGCAGCUACAGGCAUUUCAGCGUCAAAGAAUCAAAAGUACUUUGAACAAGUUGGAAAAUGCUUCGCGAAAGGCCAAUGGGCCAAAGUUGCGAAGCUGUGGAAAGAGGCACCACGAAUGUUCAACAAGAUUGUGGGAGAUCUUGAGCGCGCGAGUGCCCAACAAGAGGAAGCUAGAAAUGGAGAUGGACAGCCGGCCAAACGCCGAAAGACCCAGUCCAAGCUGCAGACUCUCCUUGACUUACGGCCAAGGUGGGAUGCAUUCGCUAAGAAGCUUGACCAAUUCGAAGUACAAGUUUCAGGAGGAGCCAGCAGUCUUGCGUUUACCUUCAUGGAGGGCAAUCUCGUCAAGGCGGUGCGCAACGGCGACUGGGUUCUUUUGGAUGAGAUCAAUCUUGCAUCUCCAGACACCCUGGAAAGCAUUGCGGAUUUGUUGACAGACUCUGGGGAACUGCCCUCGAUAUUGCUCUCAGAGACAGGAGAGAUUGAAAAGGUCGUCGCUCACCCAAACUUCCGCAUAUUCGGUGCUAUGAAUCCAGCCACCGACGUUGGAAAACGCGAUCUUCCCACGGGGAUUAGAUCACGAUUUACUGAAUUAUAUGUACGAAGUCCGGAUGGAGAUCUUAAAGACCUUCUUACAAUCAUCAAAACGUACCUGGGUAGCUCUAGCGCCAAGAAUGAUCAAGCCGCUGACGAUAUUGCUCGACUCUACCUCAACACAAAGAGGUUGGCCGAAGAGAAAAGACUGGUAGAUGGAGCCAACGAAGUGCCUCAUUUUAGUCUUCGAACACUGACCAGAGUUCUGAGCUACGUCAAUACCAUUGCUCCUUCGUAUGGCCUUCGACGGGCCCUUUAUGAAGGUUUCUCCAUGGGAUUUUUGACACUCCUGGAUCGCAACUCCGAGGAGAUGCUUUUGCCCCUCAUUCAUCACCACAUCUUUGAGAAUCAUGGAAACUCACAAUCCCUCCUUUCGCAACCACCGAAGCAUCCUAACGAUGGCAAGGAGUAUGUGCGAUUUAACAAUAAGAACCGCGACAGACAAUACUGGUUAUUCAAGGGCAAGGAGCCGCUCGUUGAACGAGAUGAUUUUAUUAUUACACCAUAUGUCGAGCGCAAUCUCCUCAACUUGGUCCGUGCUACUUCAACGAGGCGCUUCCCCAUCCUCAUCCAGGGUCCUACCUCUGCAGGAAAGACAAGUAUGAUCGAAUAUCUAGCCAACUUCACAGGAAACAAAUUCGUUCGUAUCAACAACCAUGAGCAUACCGAUCUUCAAGAAUAUCUUGGAACUUAUAUUUCGGAUUCUUCUGGCAAGCUGCGUUUCCAAGAAGGUCUGCUUGUUCAGGCCAUGCGACAAGGCCACUGGAUUGUCCUGGACGAACUGAACUUGGCACCGACUGAUGUCCUUGAAGCUCUUAAUCGAUUAUUGGAUGAUAACCGAGAGCUGUUGAUCCCAGAAACCCAAGAGGUGGUUCGCCCACACGAAAAUUUCAUCCUUUUCGCAACGCAGAAUCCUCCUGGCCUUUAUGGUGGUAGAAAGGUGUUGUCAAGGGCUUUCCGAAACAGAUUCCUAGAGCUUCAUUUUGACGAUAUCCCUGAAAAUGAGCUUGAAUUCAUCUUGCAGCAACGCAGCCGCAACACGUCGCCACCUGAUUGUAGACGAAUCGUUACUGUCUACAAGGAAUUGUCUCGACUUCGUCAAACUAGUCGAUUGUUUGAGCAAAAGGACAGCUUUGCUACAUUGAGAGACUUGUUUAGAUGGGCGCUGAGACAGGCCGAUACUCGCGAAGAAAUUGCAAUUCAUGGAUUCAUGCUUCUGGCGGAGAGAGUUCGUAAUGAAGAGGAGCGUCUCGCUGUCAAGGAUGUGAUUGAGAAGGUUUUCAAAGUCAAAAUCGACCCUCUCAAACUAUACUCUUCUGACGUUGCGCCCGAGUUGAAGCAUUUGACAAAGCAGAAGAAUGCCCAGGGAGUUGUCUGGACACACUCGAUGCGCCGUCUCUACGUGCUUGUGUCCCGCGCUCUCGAGAAUAGCGAGCCAGUACUAUUGGUUGGCGAGACUGGUUGUGGAAAAACCACUGUGGUCCAACUUCUUGCUGAGGCGCUGGGUAAACAGCUUCACAUCGUUAACGCACAUCAGAACACCGAAACUGGCGAUUUGAUUGGCUCACAGAGACCUAUCCGAAACCGUGGUGCCAUUCUGGAUGCCUUGGAUGCGGACCUAAAGCUUGCUCUGGGAACUCUGGGACUAGAUAUCUCUACGUCGGCUGAAGAUAGACUUGCAACAUAUAAGUCGCUCCCACCAAGUAGCGUUUCAUCUAUCCCAGUGGAACUCCAGCUACGUAUUGUAUCCAAUGAAACAAGGAGCAAAGCACUCUUUGAGUGGUCAGACGGUGCCCUCGUUGAGUCUAUGAAAGAGGGUCAUUUCUUUCUUCUCGAUGAAAUAUCUCUUGCUGAUGAUUCCGUACUGGAAAGACUCAACUCUGUUCUGGAACCCCAAAAGACGCUCUUGUUAGCGGAAAAGGGAACAGAGGAUUCAUUCAUCACAGCAGUGGAUGGAUUUCAGAUGUUCGCUACUAUGAAUCCUGGCGGAGAUUUCGGCAAGAAAGAGCUUUCCCCUGCACUUAGGAACCGUUUCACCGAGAUCUGGGUCCCAUCGCUGUCAGAGAGUGAAGACAUCUACAACAUCGUGCGCACGAAGCUUGUUGAUGAAGCAAAGGAUCUUGCAGAGGUUAUGGUUCAAUUCGCAUCGUGGUUUGGAGGAGCUUUCCGGUCAACAGCGUCAUCUUCUUUCUCAAUCAGAGAGAUUUUGGUUUGGGUUCAGUUUGUGAACACUUUCCAUGCCCAAGAUCUCAUGGCGGCGCUGGUGCAUGGUGCGGCGACUAUCUUCAUCGACAGUAUAGGCGCGAACCCCUCAGCUAUUAUUGCAUCAGAUGCUGAGUCCGUGUCACAGCAACGGGACAGGUGUCUCCAGCAACUCAGUAAGCUGGCACAGCACGAUGUUGCAGCUAUUUACCAGAGAGAGCCUCAGCUAGUCACAGGCGAGGACUUCAUUUCAAUUGGAGACUUCAGUGUCCCCAAGUCCUCCGCCGGAUCUGCUGACCCUGGUUUCGCCUUCCAUGCACUAACAACCAGGCUGAAUGGUAUGCGAGUACUCCGCGCUCUGCAGAUGCAGAAGCCAAUUUUGCUUGAGGGUAGCCCUGGCGUGGGUAAAACCACUCUUGUUGCUGCGUUGGCUAGGGCGUGCGGCCAGCCAUUGACGAGAAUCAAUCUGUCGGACCAGACAGAUUUGAUGGAUCUCUUUGGAACGGACGUUCCUGUAGAGGGUGCAGAAGCAGGGAACUUUGCAUGGAGAGACGCUCCCUUCCUCCAAGCUAUGCAAAAGGGAGAAUGGGUACUGCUUGAUGAGAUGAACCUGGCAUCUCAGUCUGUUCUCGAAGGACUCAACGCUUGCUUGGAUCACCGAGGUGAAGUGUAUAUUUCUGAGCUUGACCAAGUCUUCAAGCGCCAUCCCAACUUUCGUCUUUUCGCUGCUCAGAAUCCUCAUCACCAAGGUGGUGGUCGCAAGGGCCUACCAAGCUCCUUCGUCAACCGGUUCGUGGUUGUCUACGCGGACGUUUUCUCUGACGAUGAUCUGCAACUUAUUGCAGCUCACAAUUUCCCAGGGGUUCCUUCAGAGGAUAUCAACCACUUGAUUCAAUUUGUUUCUCGGAUCGAGCAUGCACUUGCUAAAGAAAAGUCUUUCGGUGCGCAGGGUUCCCCUUGGGAGUUUAACCUUCGUGACGUUCUGCGAUGGCUCAACCUUUUGAGCUCAUCCGAAGAUUUGCUGCAAAACACCCGUAUUGAUGACUUCCUUGAUAUCAUUGUCAGGCAGCGAUUUAGAACCCAGAAAGAUCGCGAUGAGGUUGACAGAUUAUUCAGCGAAGUCACCGGGGCAAUGCCCCGGCCACAUAGCCUCUACCAUAAACUCAGCCCGCUCGUUGGACAAGUUGGUCUUGCCCUUCUAGAGAGAAACACAGAUCGCCAACCGGAGCGUCUACCGGCGAUUGAUAUGAAGUCCCGCUUGCCAGAACUCGAGACUCUCAUGAUCUGUGUCAAGAAGAAUAUUCCUUGCAUUUUGAGCAGCCCGUCUGGAUACGGCAAGACAGUUUUGCUUGAGCAUGUUGCGGCCCUCGCUGGAAAGUCUCUGGUUGUGUUUCCCAUGAAUGCUGACAUUGACGCAAUGGAUCUUGUUGGUGGCUUUGAGCAAGCAGACCCUCUACGCGAGGUUAAUGCGGCUCUAGUGAGCCUACGAGACGUCCUCCAGGAAACUGUCAUGUUAGCCGUGCCAAACGAAGUCCCAGCGGAAGCUCUCAAGCUUCUUUAUCUGCUUGACAGAUUCGUCCUUCAAGCUUCGGCGAUCGCAGAGCUUUGUACCUCCAUCGAGGCAUUAGUUCAGACGGUUGCUCCCGAUUCCGAGAUUGGUCAAAGUUUAUCCGCAGCACUGCGGUUACUUCAAGGACCCCUGACUUUGGACAACCCCAGGUUCGAAUGGUUAGAUGGUGUGAUUGUCAAAGCUCUACAAGCAGGUCAAUGGCUUGUACUUGACAAUGCCAAUAUGUGCAAUGCCUCGGUACUUGACCGGCUGAAUUCUCUCCUGGAGCCCAAUGGAUUCCUCAGCAUCAAUGAACACUGCGAACCUAAUGGUGAGCCUAGAAUUAUCAAGCCCCACCCUGAUUUCAGGAUAUUCUUGACUGUCGAUCCUCGUUACGGAGAGCUCUCUCGAGCGAUGAGGAAUCGUGCUGUGGAAAUCUUUAUUACAACUGCACCGCCGUCUGUGAGCCCAUUCUUCGAGAAGAUAUCCAGAGUAGAGAGCAGCAUCCAGGGUUUCUCCUCAUUCCAAAAUCCUUCACAAGUUCAAACCUUUGAACAAGCGCCAAAUCAACUCACCAAGAUAUCCAUCGAUCACCUUGCUAUGGAAGAGUUGGCUCUCUUACAGCGCUUUGCGGCGGAUACGAAAGAUUCUACCAUUCUGCAAUUUCUUGGUUUCCUGCAGUCUCCCUAUGGAUCAGCUAGUGUGAAUGCUAUUUCUAGCGUCUAUCAAGCUCUCCCUGAGGGACUGUCUUUCCUGCAGCACGUUCAACCCAUCCAUCCUCUCAGUAGUUUCAUUGCAACCACGACAACUGUAGAUCAAGAGCACUUCAGAUGGCUCGGCGCACGGUAUGAGUUCGCUCAGGACAUCCACCAGUUAGCCACUGAUAUCGAGAGUCGCGGCCGCCGCGCGCAGGGCUUAAAACUUGGCGCUUUGAAUCGUCUGGAGAGAUCCCUCAUUAGCGACCGCGUCGCAGCCGUUUCUAAAGAUUCAACAGUCCACGUUUCCAGAUUUCUUUCAGGCGUCUUAUCUUUGAUAGCAGACUACCUUGGCUCCGGUCCCUCUGCUUCCGAGCAUUGGAAGGAUGGUUCUUGCAUCACAACGCUCGUGAUCUGCUAUCUUGAGCGUACGAUCUUACUUGCAAGCUCUGCUAUAUUUGACGAGGCUCGAUUCCAGGCUCAUUUGCUUCAAGGAAAUGACCUCCUCCAGAGAUUCUCUCCGCACAAAGCGGCAGAGACCGAGCAGCAAUUUGUUGAUCGCGUUCUGGGCCUAAUAAGUACCGACUUUGGGCCCGGUUUCAAGCUGGCGACUGGGUUAAGCAUGGAACUGCUUUGGACCGUUUUCCGUCCUCUCCCUUUCCACGACGAAUCUAGACUGGAAGGUGCCCUCGAGGUCAAAGAGUUGGCGAAUAGAUUCGAUUCACUCCGGUGGAAGGCCCCUGCGGUUAUCAAGGAUCUCUGCAAAGCCUCAUCUACGCUGGAGAAGGCAUAUGGAGUCAUUCAAGAAGGUGCCAUGCCUACCGACGAUCUUGUGGCUGCAUUGAAGUCCGAAAUUCAGUCUUUGGAAGAUCGUAUAGGGCUCGACGCCCGCGAUCUCACCCCAUUCUUUGCCGAUAUAUUUGAGACCCUCCGACAAGUUGAUAUCCUGAGCAAGGCAGAUGAUUUCAAAGUGAUCCAGCACGCUAACCGUGACAUCAUCUUGUUGUCUAACUUACCAACAGAGGUCGGGAUGCUCAUGGAGACGUCAAAAGAUCAGGCAGCGCUCCUUCAGUCGCUCAAUGUCCUGGCAAGCCAAGACCACUAUUCUUGGAAUGGCAAAUUUACCACUUCGCUGUGGUCCAAGAUAUCUGACAUACCUUCCGUUCCUCUGGCUUCACUGGCAUUGCUUGAACUUGAACUACCGAUUCUAGCUCAGAAUUUGACAAGGCUCGUAGCCAGUAUCGUGUCCGACCCGGUCAUAAAGCUCAACCGCGUUUUGUGGCAGCUUCUCCUUGAAAUUCUCGGCGCACAUUCUGCUAGCGCCAGGACUUUGGCUGAUCUCGCCUAUCAAAAAGCAUUGGAGCUCUCGCAAGCCAACGCGGCUUGGCGUAACCUGGACUGGUCAACUGUUGGGGUAUUCACCGAUCUGGUCCGCAGCGUCGAGGCAUCUCAUGUUCAGGAAAUCAUCUCAACCCAUUUUCUUCCUGCCAUCGUGGCUAUGGCUGCCUCAGAAGCGAAUUCCCAGGAGCGACAUACGUUGUCUGCCCUAGCCUGGAAUCAUUUUAGCAUUGGAGCGUUGCUAUUGUAUGUCCCAGACCGAGUUUUCGAUCCCCAAAUUCGCCCUCAAAUGGAGCGAGAAUUCUUCGAGAAGAUACAUACGGAUCUUGAUGCAAAGAUCACAGUGCUUCAUUCAUUUGAGAAAGAAUUCACUGGCCAAGACACGAAUGCCCGCAUCGAGCGACUUCAAGAAGAAGCCAAUAAGAUUGGACCGCUGCCAGAAGCCGUGCAGCCUGUUUUCCGCCCUGCCCAAUCCGAGCUGAGCAAGCUACAUGCCGAGUUCUCGAAUAUUCUCAACACUAUCCAAGCGAUAGACCUCCCACCAAAGUUGGCAACGUCUGAAUCGGAUUUCAUGCAUCAGUAUGAGACUAUGCAAACAGUGAGGGAAAAUAUUCAGCGCCUCAUCAGUCGACUAUCCAGUCGAUUCGAGAGCUAUCAGGAUAUGACGGUUCCCACGAUAAGCCUUCUUCGCUGUCUCAUCGUCGGCCUUUCGCUCUGUGAAGUCACUUCCUCGAAGGAUCUACCUGACACCACUCAAAAUCUCCUCAAAGUUGUUCCGUUUUUGGGUGGAACCAUUUCCGACUUGAAAUACUCGUCUGUUUCUGCCAAUAGCUUCGAAUUCUUAGAUUUGAUGAGCCUGGUUGUGUCUAUCAAUGGAACCGCUAACCUUCCCGAAUAUCUUCGAGAAUCGAUCUUUGACUGCUUCCACCACUUUUAUAAAAACUGGGCGCAAAAACUAGAAGCAGACCAGAAGGCAGAGGCAGAAAAGACAAGCAUGUAUCGCUUCCGUGGUUCCGCUGAAGAUGAGGAGGAAAUCGAAGAGGAAGAGUUCAAUGAACUGUUCCCUACUUUCGAUGAGGACGCGUCAGCUCAAAAGGCAACUCAAAAGACUGAGGUUGUCCGAGAUGAGUCACUCAAAGCGGCAAAAGCUCAUAGCGCACUUUUCUUGUCUCCUGUCGCACCCCCCGAGGCUAUUUCUGGCUUAUGCUUGUCAGUAGGUCAGCGGGUAGCAAAGGAAACACGGGAUCAUAGCUAUCUUAGCCCAGAUCUCAACGGAAAGCUGAUGGCGAGCACUAUUCUUUAUCUCGACCAGAAGAAGGAUAUUCUCUUGUCAUCUACUGUUGACAGCAAGUCUUACAACUUCUACGUGAGCGAAAACCUGCCCGAAGUACGCACCCUCGUUUCUUUGUGCGGGAAGGUCAAGGCUCGUUUCCGAGAACUUCAGCAAAUAGAUGAGAUCGGCCACAUGCAACCCUUGGUCGAUGUUAUCCAGGCGUGCGACAAGCUCCUAGAUAAUGUUCACACUGAGCCGCUUGCCAAGAUCCUGCCCAAGAUCGAGUAUCUCCACGGUUUUGUGUAUGAGUGGCAAUUUGGUGGCUGGGCAAGCAAAGCCUGGUCAGUCCUCGAACUGCAUAACGCCAUAACAGACACGAUCAUCCGUUGGAGACGAUUGGAAUUGUCUACGUGGGCAAAUCUGUUCGAAAUGGAGCGCAGCAAGUGUGAAGAUGACGCUAAGUCUUGGUGGUUCAUAGCCUACCAAGUCGUUGUUGCCACACCCUUGACCAUGAUUGACUCCCCUUCAGAACUGCAAGCUUAUGCUGUAUCCUUGGUGGAAAAUCUGGAGCUGUAUAUUGCAACUUCUAUCAUUGGCCAAUUUAGCUCUCGUCUGGGGCUUCUAAGGCAGCUCCGCAAUCACCUGAAGCUUCUUGCCAAGGACUACCCGAACCUUGCAGUGAUUCAUAACACUAUGGUCAACCUUAUUCGCUUCUUCGAACGAUUUGAGCCAUUGGCUGAAGAAGCCAUUAAGAGAGGCCGAGCCCCCAUUGAUAAGAAGAUGAAAGAUGUCCUGCUCCUGGCAAGCUGGAAAGACACCAAUAUCACAGCACUCAGGGAAAGUGCUCGGAAGUCUCAUCAAAAGUUGUUCCGACUCGUAAGGAAGUUUCGUGGUGUGCUUGGCCAAGAGAUGAAGUCGGUUAUUGAACAAGGACUACCUGAUAUCGCAGCCCAGGAUGCUACAGCGAUCAAUGGUGUACUAUCUAAUGAGGCAUUUGACGCAUCUGCUCUGGCUUCUUUGUCCAAACACUUGCCUGACUCAUGGCUAAAAGAUAACAAGCGACUUGCAAACACUGCCACCACGGUCUCGGUUAUGACGCGUGUUUCAGAUAGCCCGGAAUUGGCGUCUGACCUUCCUGCCACGCUUGACAGUUUCGUUGCAAGUCUCAACGAGUCCAUGGCCGAACUUCGAAAAGAAACACCUGGCACUUUGACUGACGAAAACAAGGAACAAGUGAAGCAUCUCAAGACCAGAAAGCGAAAGCUCUUUGCAGACACCCUGAAAGAAUUACGCCAGAUGGGUGUCCGCUACAAUUUGUCGCAAGAUCGACUUGCCGAACAAGAGUCUCUAGCCAUUUGCCUCGCCUCAUCUGCACCAAUUGAUUUCGAGGCUUCCGAAACUGCCGAAUACUUUUUCCACAAGGUGCUCGAUCUAGCGCCCCAGGUUCGUAAGUCAUCACGGGAGCACUCUGAGGAGGUCACAUCGAAUGAAGUAACGCGUGGAAUCGGCUUCGUGGAGGGAUUCAUUCACCUGCUACUUUCCCAGCGACACAAUGUCACAACGGUCACUACGGCAUGGUCUUCAUUGCACGGAGCGAUCAACCGGCUGCAAGGGAUUUCUCGUUCGGAUAACGACCGGUCUAUUGUGCCGAACACAAAGCGCAGCAACUGGAGACAAGCUCUGGGUUGGCUCGUCGAGAUACUGAGCUUCUCCAUCCAGCUCAUCGAGAUCCAUGGCAAACUGGGAGAGUCGAAGAAUGCCGCGGCCAUUCAAGAGCUCCAGUCUUGGUUAAGCCGCUUCGCGUCACACAAUUCAAUCCUCAAGACGCUGGCUACUCCUCUAGACCGCGUUACAACAACAGCGCUUCAAGACGUCGAGACCAAUUUCUCAAUGGAUCUUCAAUUAUUCAUGGGGGCAUUGGAUCAGUUGAUUGCGGCCAACCCUAAUCUUGGCUUUAUCCUAGAUGAGGUUCGACUCUGGUCACAAAUCGAAGAAACGGAACUGGAACCUACCACAUCUUCCUUGGACUUGAAGGAGUUUGUGAACUGGAUUUCCACUCUCUGUGACAAGACACUAGUUGCUGUUGAAGCUGCCAGAAAAUCAGGAAAAGAGAUUCUCCGUGGUGACCAAGAGCCAGGCUGGCUGACGAAACAUAGCGACGGCUUUGGUUCCAUGAUCAAGAGAUUCCGCAUGAGCGAGAUUGAAGCUGGCAUCGAGCAGUGCCUGGAUUUGUUGUCUCGACUUGACCUUGGGCAACCUCAAAUCAGCGUUGCGGCCAAAGCAGCGAUCAAUUUACUUUUGCCCAUCCUUGAACGGUUUUCUUCUCUUUGCCGCCAAUCAGUUGACCGAUUUCUUGAUAUCCACCGUGCGACCGGGCACAUGGCUUUGCAUUUGACCAAGAGCUUUGCGCAGAUAGCUGCCAAGGGCUUCUGCACACCGCAAGAGAAGAGCGAGGAAACUGCAAAGUCAGGCAAACUUGAGUCUGGUACUGGCUUGGGUGAAGGUGAAGGUGCUGAGGAUAUCAGUAAGGAUAUUCAAGAUGACGAGGACCUGACUGAACUGGCCCAAGAGCCCAACAAGGAGAAGAAUGAGGAGAUGGAAGACGAAAAAGAUGCUGUCGACAUGGCUGACGAUGAGCUCGAGGGUGACUUGGGUAGUGUUGGCGGGGACGAGGAUGAAGAGGAAGGAUCAAAGAAGGGAGAUGAGGAAGAGGAUGAUGAGGACGACAUGGACGAGGAGACUGGAGAUGUUGAUGAUCUCGACCCUACGGCGGUGGAUGAGAAGAUGUGGGAUGGUGAGAACGAGGAUGAAGCAGAGAAAGACCAAGAGGGUGACAAGGGCGAGGGUCAGAAACAGGAUGAUGAGCAGAUGGCUGCGGAUGAUGACAAGAAGCAGAAAAAUGAAGGAGAACCCGAGCCAGAAGAGUCGAAGAACAACGACGAAGAGCCCGAUCCGGAAGAUGUGGAGGGUGAACAUGAGGAUGCCAAGCCCCAGGAGGAGCUCAACAAGCAGGAGCAAACUGCACAGGAGAACGAUGCCCUAGCCCUGCCUGAUGAGAUGGAUCUUGAUUUCGACGACCCAGACGCCAUGUCUUCGGAUAGUGAUGAUCUUGACUUGGCUUCGGACACUGAGGAGCCAGUGCAAGAAGAAGCUCAGCCGGAUGACCAGAUUGACGAUGGUGAAGAUGAAGGAAAAGACGUUCAAGAAGAGCAAGGCGAUGCCCCUGAACAAGACGAGAACGAGGAGAAGGAAGACGAGGAAGAGGUUGAAGGAGCAGGGGACGAAAUACAAGAAGACCCUGUGGAGAUGGAGGAAGAGAAGCAGGAGGAGGAUCAGGCCGAAGACGAAGCCGAUAACCAGGCUCCUAAACCCGAUGAGGCUGCCACGGCGGAUAAAGACAAUGUCGCCCCUAGUGAUGUCAAGAGCUCGGGCUUAGAUGACGAAGGUGAUGCUAUGGACCUCGACGAGGAGUUCCAAGACAAGGCCGCCCAAGAUGAUGGGGAGAAGGGUCAGGCUAAGGCUGAUGAAAAUGCGGCUGCUGGCACCCAGGGCUCGGUUUCCAAGGAUAAGGAACCCCCUCAGAAUCAGGAGGAGAAUAACGAGGAUGAUGAAGCCACAGAAUCUGCUGCCAGCAACCCCUUUAGAAAGCUUGGAGACGCUCUCGAAAAGUGGCAUCGACAGCAAGACGAUAUCAAAGAUGCUGGUCCAGAGGAUGGGGAAGAGAAACAGACCAACCAGCCUGAUGCUGAUCAAGGCCGAAAAGAGUUCCAGCAUCUCCAGCAUGAUGACUCGGCAGCAGAUGCGCAGGCCAUGGGCACAGCCAAGGAGGAAGAGGUUCAGCCCAUCGACGAAUCCAUGGCAAUCGAUGAAGAAAAACAGGACCCUCAGAGCCGUGUCAUGGAAGAAGAUGAGGAUGAACCAGCCAAUGACGAGAAACCCGAUCAAAUUGAGCAGGACGAGCAAGCCGGUCCACAGGACAAUAAAACUACGGAUCAAGAGGACACGCGAUCGGGAGUCAAGACCCGGCAAGGAAAUUUCAAUCGAGAGCAGACCCCAGUCGAGGAGGAAGAGCAGAAACUAGCGGAGAAUGAAGAUGAGAUGAUGGAAGAAACGUCUACUCAGCUAUCAACAACACAUAUCUCCGACGGCCAGAGAGAUCUACGAGAUUUCGGAGAGUGUAUGCAGCAAUGGGUCGACUUCCAGAGCAAGACCCAUACUUUGUCGCUUUCUCUUACCUCCCAGCUCCGCCUCAUCCUCACGCCUUCUCAGUCGACCAAACUCUCAGGAUCCUUCCGUACCGGAAAGCGACUCAACAUCAAGCGCAUCAUCCCGUACAUAGCCUCGAGCUACAAGAGAGACAAGAUCUGGAUGAGACGCAGCGUCCCUACCAAGCGUACAUACCAGAUCUUGCUGUGCGUUGAUGACAGCAAGAGUAUGGGGGAGACAGCAUCGGGAACCUUGGCCAUGGAAUCCCUCGUCAUGGUCUCGCGCUCGCUCACAAUGCUAGAGGCUGGGCAAGUCGGUGUGGUUGGAUUUGGCGGGGAAGUGUUCACGGCGCACGAGUUGACUGACCCGUUUGCCGCCGAUGCUGGAGCCAAGGUCCUGCAGAACUUCACCUUCUCUCAGGACCGUACCGAUAUUGCGCUCUUAAUCCGGCAGACGAUUGACAAGUUCCGAGCUGCGCGCCAGUCCGGUGGCAACUCUGACCUGUGGCAGCUCUCACUUAUCCUGUCCGACGGUCUCACGCCUUCUUCUGCGCACGACAGCAUCAGACGGCUACUCCGAGAGGCAAUCGAGGAGCGCAUUAUGAUAGUGUUCAUCAUCAUGGACGACACGGGGAAGAAGAAGGGCGACAGCGUGCUGGAGCUCAAAGAGGCCAAAUUCGUCAAGGAGGGAGGCGAGAGCCGGGUAGUGAUUGAGCGGUACCUGGAUACAUUCCCGUUCCAGUACUAUCUAAUUGUGCAUCAUCUAGAGGAGUUGCCCAGUGCGCUGGCUGGAUUGUUACGGACUUGGUUCUCAGAGGUUACGGCAUGA